GGAGUUUCCUGGUGGCCUUCAGCAAUAGCCGGGCUUUUUGAGUGCUGUGCAGACCACACACCAGAACCAUCCCUGGCACAAUGAGGUCUUAGACCUAACAGUUCAGACACGAGACCCCUAUACUCCCACCAUGGACUUGAAUGACUUUCAAAAAGUCCUAAAGACCUUUGUUGAGGACGAUACGGAUAGUGCCGCGAACUUGGAGGCGGCGUUCAAGGAGGCGCUGAGUGUUGCACGCUCCAGAAACGGGGCGGAGAAAGAUAUGUUUAUACAUCUCCCUGAAUGGCCAGAGUCAGUUAAGAAACCCGUUCUGCAAGCGGGCCAGCACCGCCGCGCUGCUCUGUCCGAGCUUCUGCUCGAACAGAGCCAGGCGGUGGCAGCCCAUGCUAAGACUCCUGAAGGCAGAACUCAACGGAAACAUCGAGGUUGCUUGUGUGCUGCAGCGGUUCCCGAAAGUGCAUCACGAGUCAUUGCAGUCGGCGAUACCGCAACGCCUUUCUACAAUUCAGUGAACGCCUUUUUCACUCUAAUCCGCUCUAUCAGUCCCAUCAAGGAUUACUACAACACGGGUAGCAUCACUGAGGUGGUUAUAAGCUGGGAACAUUUCCAAGUCCCUUAUGACGAUCCUGCAGCGAUCCUUCGGCUAAGUCACUCUACUAUUGAGAAGUUUAUUGCUUCUCCUGAUGUUGACAGCCUUGCUGCUGGUGUCUUGAUCGGCCUGGUUAUGGGGAUGUGUAUGAUACGUCGCACAUUGUUCUCCUGUAUUCCUUUUGGCAGCAAGCGCAAGAUUGGAAAUGAUAUCCCGCCCCAAUACAGUCGUGUGAUUCAUACUUGUUUUCACCCGACUAUGCAACCGAUCUACACCGCGCUAUCAGCACCGCACCGGAAGAACCUGAUCUUCCCGAUGGAAACGACAGGGCAAAAGGCAACAGCGGCAAAAAGGCAAAGAGCCACGCUCGCCAACAGACAUAAAAACAAGAUGUGA